AUGUGGGGCUCAAUGUCAUUGAAGUUGUGGGACAAAAGACUGCCCGCGGACGGUAUCGAUCAAUGGAUUAAGGAAGAUAUCCUUCCAGAGGGCCACAGGUGGGACGAUAUCAUCUACGAUCCUCGAGUGACUCACCAUUGGAUUUGUUCCACCAUCGAUGGCAAAGGCCCUCUUUCUACCCCACGUCGCUUUGCAAACAGCGUCUACAAUUCCUCGUUUGUAAGCGACCUUCUCCAAGCUUGCAGGGAAGAGAAAGGUGAGCGCGUGCUUAUUAUAGUAUGCGAAAUACCGGAUCCCAAGCACGGGCAGGUAGAGGAUAGUCCUGUUAAGACGAAGGCGGGUAAGAAUGAGCCGGAGUCGAAGAAGGAUAAAGGUAAGGGUAAGGGUAAGGCCAAAAGCGAGCCUACAAAGGAGGACAAGCCUGCACAAUCCUCGUACGCGUAA